AUGCUCUCCGAUCAACAAACAAACUCUUCUUCUCGCUCUCAAAAGAAGGGAACUAAACGAAAACAAGGAAAUUCUGAAGAACAGAAUCAUAAAUUCCAUGAUGAUCAUAAAAAUUCAACAAUGAAUGAUGAAGAGACGAUGCAAGAUGAUGAUGAUACAUUGUUGAAUGUCGGACAAGAUUAUGUGGAUUAUGAUGAUGGAACCUCGGAAGCAUCGGGACCACUCAUUGUUGAUUUUGAUGUCAAUGUUCCGGAUUUAGAGAAGGAUUACUUUGGUGUCGAGUUAUAUAUUAGAAAUUAUUUACAAGGAAAUGAAUUUAAUUAUGUAGAAAUGACUGAACUCUUGUUGGGUGAUGAACAAAACAAAAUUCCAAAUCCAUUGACUUCGGUGAUUAAGACUGCGAAUGAUAAUGUUCCUACUGCUGCUGCUUCUUCAGCUCAGCUAAAUGUCACUAAGGAAGAAUCAUCGAAGGAACAACAAAAGCAAUCGUCGUGGAGUGGCAUGAAAGAUGAUGAUGAAGUUGACCCAAGCCAAUGGGAUUGGACUAUGGACAUGUAUGGUCUUAUUUCUUUGUUGGAUUAUAAGCUUCUUAAAAAGAAGCAAUGCAUGAAGCAAAUCAAAGCUUUUGUGCUUCAAAAAUGUGCAGACAAGGACAAGUAUGCCAAGUUGUGUGAAGUUUUUGACAAUUCGAAACUGGGAAUUAUUGUCAAUGAGAGAGUGAUAAAUUUACCAUAUGAAGUUGGAGGCAUGCUUCACGUCAAUCUGUUUGAAGAAUUGGAAAGAGAACAAAAAGAAAAUAAUUUCUCAAAAUUCCAAUAUUAUUUGAUUCUCACCAAAGUAUUCCACAUGAAGAGUCCAUUGGCAGGUCAGGUGAAGAAGGUCAAAGACGAAGCACUCUUCUACAAACCAGAAGAGCAAUUUUAUUAUGAGAGAGCGUUUGUUUCGUUUACUUAUCCAAUCAAGAGCGAUUUUACUGAAGAUUCAUCCACAGUGACGCUCACAGACGACACAUUCCAACAAGGGCUCUGUAUGAUCAUUGAGAGCUCUAAAAUACGAAAGAUUUUGAAAAAGAUUAAGGAUGAAUUAAUUCCAAAUUCCAAUAACACAAAUGAUAACAACAAUCAAGAUGAAUAA